CACUUAAAAUUUUGGCGCCUACUGGAUGGACGCGACGUGCGUACCUGACUGUCCCGCGUUUAUAAUUGUCGUAAAACAUACCACACGGACAACAUACAGGAGCAUCAAAGAAACGAAGUAUCCACUAAGUUCUCUAUUUGAGAUGAAAACUCGUUUCAGCAAAAGAGCACAUGGUGGAGUGAUGGAGGCCAAGGAAGGUAUAGAAGAAGUACAAGUUGUGGAUGAUGCGAUUGCGAAUGAGAGCCUACAACAAGAUGUGGAUGAGGUCCCUGUUGGCCCAAAGAGAAAGAAGACAGUCAAACAUUCCCCGAGGAAAUUAUUGUCACCAACAGGAAUGAUGGAGUUGGCCAAACUAAAAGAACAGACCAAGAUGGAUCGACAGAAGAUUGAACACCUCGAGGACCGCAUUAAAUACCUAGAAGAGGCCAACAGUGAGCUAAAAAACGACAAGGAAUUCCUGCUUUCACAAAUUAAGGGAGCCCCCAGUGCACCUGCAUCUACUGGAAAGUCAGGUUUCAGAAAGACUGCUCACAUUCCUUCUUCAUCUUCACCUUCAAUGUCUCCAUCCCCCUCCUCUUCAUCCUCAGACUUCAGCUCCUCAUCAUCCUCAGAAGAGGAGCAACAGAAGAAGAAAAAGAAGAAGAAGAAGGAGAAGAAAAAGUCAAAAAAAUACACUGACUCACACAGCCGUUCAAGAAUGACCACAACGGAGGGAAUCAUCCGCCGCUACAAGAAUGCCCUUAAGAGAUUCACCCAUUAUGGAUCCAUGAAAAAGGCCUUCGCCAAGAUUAAUGUUGACCGCAACACAAUUGCAAGAACAGCUAUAAUUGCUGAGCUGGCAAUCACAUAUCCUGAUACAUUUCAGGAGCUGCUUCCUACAGAUGAAGUCAAUGAGAAGAUCUCAGAGUUUGCAGAGCGCUGCAAGAGGGCUAUGUCAAAAGAGAUGGCUGAAACGAUCACAGCAAAGAAAAAAAGUGGACAACUCCUCCCAAUAAUGUACAAGUACACCUAAUUUUUUUUCUUCUAAACUAGUUAUCCUGUUGUUUUCCCUCCAAAACACAAAAUAUAUGUGUUAAGUUUAUUUUGUAACCCUCUGUUUGAGGAAGAACAGGUAAUUAUUAUUAUUUGUAAAAAAAAAAAAAAAUUCAUUCUAUGUCAGAAAAUGCCAGAACCCUCUGUGUGAGGAAGAGCAAGUCCUGUUACUUGUCAGUUUUUUAUGUAUUGUGCACAUACAUAAAGUUAAGUAAAAUCUU